ACCGCUUGAUGUGCCGAUAUAAACAAGAAAUAAUAUUGUUAAGAUGGAGUGACUUUAAAUAAAAAGUUUAGGCUAUAUGGCUAAUUGCUAAUAUGUUGUUAACUGUUACGUAAGCACAGUGUCCUAUAACAUAAUAAUAAUAUGAUUAGUUUAUAAACAUUAGUCUAAGUAUCAGUUAAUUAUAUAAUUUAUUAACUAUUUAGUAGGCCUAGGUCUAGGAUUUUAUCAAAUUUUUAAAAAAUAAUGAAUGUGUCAUAAUAGUUUUUAUUUUAUCAAUGAAGAUCAAGCCUUUAACUUUAAGUUUUUUCCAGUGUCAACAGGUUUUUCAACUUUUUUGCCUUGAUCUUGUUACUAAUUUACUAAACUAAAACUUAUUUCAAGUUAGUGCAGGCUUGUUACCAAUAUAUAUAAUUUAUAAUAAUAUAAUUAUAAUAGUAAUAGUAAUAGUCUUAUUUAUUCAUUCAAUGUCAUGUCAAUUCAAUAUUAUUGUUCACAAUUGAAUUAGUAGUAGUCUAGUAGUGGUAAUUAAAUAGUAAUGAAGUAAGUAGGCCUACUGUCAGUGUCAGGAACAAUACUAUAAUGCUAUGACUAGGACAAUAUCAAUAACUUAUAAUUAUUAAUUAUCGUAUAACUUAUUAGACUUAUUCAUAUAAUUACAACCUAUGAAUAUGCUUUGGCUUUAGUCCUAUUGUGACCCGCUCAGCCCACCGAGUCUCAGACUCAGAGUGAGUACUGAGUGAGGCACUUUGUGAAUGUUGUGUGGCCAUAAAAGUAAGGAAAUUGUCUAGGGGCCAUCCAUAAAGAUGUAAAGUAAAGCUAUUUUGGACCCCCUCCCUCCUCCAAUCAUAUCAUCAUAAAUUUAUCACACAAUUUAGACACCCAAUAAUUAUAAUACAUCAUCACAAAUUCAUGACCUCUCAUUCCUAUCCCCCUUAGAUGAUUGAAUCAUUUAUGGAUAGCCUCCUCUAGUAAUAAAUUGUUACAAAUAUUUAUUAGUUAAAAUAAAAAAAAUGUCUUCAUCUUUUUUAUAUUUUUACUUCAGCAUGUGAAUGUGAUGGCUUGUAAGAGCUAAGAAGUUCCUACAGUUCUGUGGCUAUCCCUAGGCUAAUGUUUUGGAAUGAGGUCUUAUGUCUUCGUGGGGGUAUCAGUAUGCAGUUCGUUAGUCGAGAGGCAUUGGUUAUUCUUUGUGUGAACUAUGCAUUCUUUUCAGUUGUUGUUCUCUCAUUUGUGCUGAUUAUAAUGUUGAUGACCAAUACAUCCCAAACUCAACAUGACCUUAUGACUUCACUGUCCAUGAUGACACUCAGUUUUAUAUUCAUAGACCUAAUCAUAGCUAACUUCUUAGUCGAAUCAAUAAGGAUGCAGACUGAGAUAAAGGCUAUAUAUCAAAUAUAAAAAGGGCAACAUUAAAAUAUAUUACAUGACAUCAUUGUGAGCAUUUUAAAAAUUUCAAUGAAGGAUAGCAAAUAAGAUAAAUUAAAACAUUGUGUGCUGAAAGAAACAAUGGCAGCAGGAAGACCUAUACAGCCAGCAAGUUUGAUAUCUCCAAGAAGUUUGUCAUCUGACUCUGGUGUACUGACUAUACAUUCAGGAAAUUCAUUUAAGGCAGAUUUUGAAGAUUCUUCUACACCGCUUAGUCCAAGCUCCGCCUUCUCAGUCUCUUCAAUAGGUAACAUUGAACACAGUUUUAUAGAUGCAUUACUGCUUUGCCAAUGGGACAACAUUUUGGGUCCACGCUUGGAGCAUGUUUGGUAUGUGACAGGUAGACCACAACCUCAUACAAAUAUUUUGAGGUUUGUUACCAGCCAGGUUUUAAGUGGAGAAAUAUGCAGAGAUAUUCAUUCAAGUCAGGUGGGUUUUAAUUUUUAAUGUUCUUAUUAAAAUUUGUCAUGUUUUUAUCCAUGCUAAAUAAAUUGAAAUAAAUAGAAAUUGACUAAAUUUUCAAAGUUUAAUAUAUAGAACAUAUUAAUUUAUAUUCAUUAAUGAUUAAAUGAAAUGAUUUUAAAAAUACAAACAAAAUGUAUAUCCUCCAAAAAAUAUUCCUCUCUAUAAAGUGUAGUUUACAGCAAUAUUUUGAUUGUCAAAUCGCAUUGACUGGAUACACUACUGAAAUAGUGAAUCUUUCACGAAAAAAGAGCUGUACAUACUAGAGCUCUUCCUUGAAACUCAAUAUAUUUUAAGCUCAAGUAAAGUUCUGAAAAAGAUAUAUAAAAAAUGUUGGUGCAACUUUUUAAGUUGUGUGUUUUUGUUAUGUUCUGAAUUUAUUUUAAUAUAGCUUAAAUAUAAUUUUGAUUGCCACAAAUUGUAUGAUUUUGAAAGGUAAAGCUAACAAUAUGAAUAAACAGUAUUCAAAAUUAGGGACACUUAUCCAUUUGAGUUUAAAAUAAAAAUUUUAAAACAUUAUAAAGCAUAAAAGGGGGGUAAUAAGUAAGAUCCUUGUUUUUUUAUAAUGUACUGAAUAAAAUAUGGUUUUUUUUUCUUUAUACAGGUAGAUUUUAAAUUCUUUGACAUUCCAGACAAAGGUGUGAUAAUUCCAGCGUUUAUUUUCUCAGCUCACGGUAGCACAGGCAUCUCUCUGCAGUCAUUAGCCUUGAUCAUCCCAAAUUCUGAACUUACCCUAUAUCUACAUCAAGUAAUUAAUUUUUGAAUUCUUUGCUUUAUUUACAAAUAUAAAGCUCUAAAAAGUAUAAUUUACAAUCUCUAACACGAUAAUUGUAUAGUGUGCAUAUUAAAUACUUGAGGGAAAUUCAAAAGUAUAUGAAGGAAAUAAGUAAAACAAAAGUAUGGGAAAACCUGAAAAAAAGAUGCAACAAAAAAGCACAAUUUUAUGAAAGUUAAAAAAUUUUUUGCUAUUCGCUUUUGGAUAAGAUAAAAUGAGCACAUGGUUUUUAAUAAUAAUGACUGACAUUAAUUAAAAACUUAGACACAAAAUUUUGUUAAUAAAAUUUAUUUAUAUGUAAUAGAUAAAGACAAAAAUUGCUAAUACAUAUUAUUUAUGUAAAUAAAUACAGUAGAACCUGCCUAUAACGUAAAAAUUGGAUCAUGUUAAUAGCAAUGGCCCAUUAAUUUGGGGGUUUUAUAAUAUUUUAUGUGACCUAUCCCUUAUGCUACUAAUGCCUUUCAAUGCCCCCAAGACACCUAAUGAUGUAAACAUACCAUGCAGUCUCACAUUCCGUGUGAAAGCUUUGUAAUAUUUGAUGAUAAUAAAGCAGACAUUAUAUUAUUUCAACUUAUUGCAUCUACUUAUGAUAAUAAAGCAGAGAUUAUAUUAUCUCAACUUAUUAUUGCAUCUAAUUAGACCUCCAAGCCCAUUAAACAUGAUGUUGGCUUUCUUUCUUUGAAUGUGCAAACAUGGGCGCCCGCAGGUAGUGGCAAGGUGGGGCACUUGCCCCACCCCCCCCUGGAUUGAUUGGAUAAAAAUUUUUUAGACAAAAAUAGACAAAAAAUGUAUUAAAAUAAAGAGAAAAUAAAGAGAAAGUAACUAAGCUGAUGUCCUGUCCGUUCGUUCACCAUACAAAUAUGCUACAGUAAAUUAAAACUAUAUUUAAACGUUACUAAAAAAUUUUUGCCCCCCCCCCCUGGAAAGUUAAUUGAUUUUUUUGCCCCCCCUAGAAAGUUUUCUGCGGGCGCCCAUGUGUGCAAAUGAAUAUAAGAAAUUUCAGAGCCAUUCCAAAUAGUUCUAUAGUGGGGCACAUUAUAACAGGAUUUAACUGUAUAUAUAGUUAUAUAUCUGUUUAUUUAAUUAUUUAUUGGUCUAUUACAAUAUCAGGUAGAUCUCAUUCAUUCUUGGUUUACAAGAAUUGUUGCAAAGCUACGAGUUCUGUGUGCAAAAGUAAGCAUAUUUCUAUAAAUAUGAGAAAGGUUUUUAAAAAAAUGGAUAUAGAAAUUUGAAUUUUAUACACUUUAAAAAAAAUCACCAUUGAAUAUUAACAGAUCAACUGCGUAGUAAAAGGUGGUAAUGGUUAUUUAAAAAUAUGUUAUUUUCUUGUUGGCAGAAUAAUUUUGUCUAUGCAUUUAAACACUAUUAAAAAUAUUGAGGAAAAAAAAAAGGAAGCAGUGUUUUUUGAUAAAUGAAUUAACUUGGUGGUAGAGGGCAAACCAUGAGAAUGAGAAAUAGGAAUAGACUUAACAUUGUUUUUCAUAAAAUCCAACACAAAUGAUUUUAUCUAAACUUGUUGCUAUUCAGAAAGACUUUGGAACAUCUGGCCUUGCAGAUCUAUCCUCGUGGCUGUGGUCUUGCAUGGAUAUGCUUUCAUCCCUGCAAGAGGGUGGAUUACCACUUAAAAUAGAGGUAGAAAUGAUCUUUUUACAGAAAUGUUUCUUACUAGCUUGUUUGAUUUCAUUUACUUUUAAAAUAUUAUGUUGCUUGUUUUUUAUAAUGGGCUGUCACAGACUGUUUAACAUCUAAAAUAAUUUUUUUUUAAUUCAGGUAAUUUGUUCAAAUAUCAUCACAACAAAAUUUGAAAUGUUAUUAACCUUAUGUAAUGUAUAUAAUUUAAAUCAUCAGUUGAAUUACACAGCAUUUCAUUUCACACAUCCUCAUGAACUGGAAUUUUUGCGUUUGAUUGUGGCAUCCCACUUGAUGACCUUUGGACGCAGUGUGGUUAUUGGUGACAGUGCUGAAAAAGUAAAUGUGCUAGUCUACACCCUAGGACUGUUUUGCCGAGAUGGUGAAAGAUUUUGUUCCAGGGCUGCUUUAAAAGGACGGAAUUGGCCGUACUUCCAGGACCUGUGUGUACAAGGGUGCAUAAAGGUAUGGUCAAUGAAAACAGCUGACAUUGCAAAUAUUGCCUGAAAUUGUAGCCAGUUGAUUUAUGACUCAGAUUUACAGGUUCCACUCUGUUCAACUUUUUAAAAGUAUUUUAGUCAUGAAAUAAUAAAUUGUAAAAAAAAAAAGAAAAAUCAGACCAUAAUGUAAAUAUGGUCACACUAUUAAUAGUAUUGUAGAGGGGCUUACGCAAGCUUUACAUAUAUACAUUUGAAAUUUAAAUGACUGUUGUGACUGUUGAAAAUAACCAGGCCUUAUGUCAAUGUAAUGGACUUUUGAAAUUAUAUUCAUUGGUGUACUGUUAUCAUUGCUGUAGAUUCAAUAAUUUGUAAUAUAUUGUCUUUUAAAUUGGCAUUCAGGCUGUCUUUUUUUUGAGUUUCACUGUAUUAAGGCUUUUUAUUAAUUUUGUAAAUUUAGAAAAUCAUUCCUGUUACAUGAGAAAAUAUUUUCUCUAGGAUUUAUCCUGUUUGGUUUAUAGUUUACUAUUUUAUCUGCUCCAAAUGUUAGAAAGAAAACCAUAAGUACUUUGCAUUAAUUUAGUGAGACCACUAUAAAUUUUUCUCUCAGUUAUAACUAGUUCCUAACAUACUAACACUCAUAGAAAAAAGUUUUGUAUUAGUUAUUGCAAGUAAACUUUUAAUUUAUUCUUAGAAUCUGGAUGGAUCAUCCAAUUUAUCAGUACGAGACUUGCUCUGCAGCCAGUAUCCCACCACUAUUAUAGAUGUUGAACGUCGAGAAGUUACUCAAUCCAGUCCUGCAGCUGAUCAUAGACGACUCAGCCAUGAGACAUUAAUAAAAGAAUUGAAGGAACUGUAUGAAGGAGAAGAAGGCUAUGGUGGUGGGUAAGUAUUUUGACAUACCGAUGUGUAUUAAAUUUGAAUCUACAUUUUCUCUUUCAUUAUAAAAAUACUUUUGUUUCCCAGUCAGUACAAAUUUACCAGCAUGCAACCCCAGAAGUUACCAAAUAUAAUUGAUUACUAAUUAAGGCAUCAUUGUCAUUAAAGGAGUUCAUUUAUGGCUGAUUUCUACGCUAGAUAAAUAAUUUAGAUGUCUUGUGUUUAAAAUUGUUUUAAAUGUAAAACAUUGUCUUGGUUUAAAUACAUAUUUAUUUAUACGCUGAAAAUGAAUAUGUACAAUGUAAUCAAAAAACAUUUCCAUUUGUUUGGAUCAAUAAAGAAUCUUAUCUCAUUAGUGAGUUAUGGCGUUGUUAAAAGCUUUAAUUGAGCUUAACUCACCUCAGCCCAUUAUAACAUUGGCUGGCAGUAAGUUCUGAUCUUGCAAGGUUAUUGUUUUUUUAUCUACAAGUUAAGCUAUUCAGUAAUAUGUAUGUAGAAUUAAACAUUUUUUCAAAGGGGGCACACAAUUCAUUAGGUUUUAAUCCCAUUUUCUCUGUUGGAACAUUAAUUCAGCCGGAGGGACUUAACACACCUUAUAAAUGUAGUUUUACAUUAAAGUAUUGAACAUUUAACUAAAUGUAAAAACUCUUGUGUGAUUAUUUGAUCAAGAGGUUUACAGUUCUAAUCCACUGCUUCUCAUUGCAGUCCAUCAAGAACUUUUCAACCAGUCAAUGUACCAGAAAGUCUAGUGAAAGAGUUAAUAGAUGAAGUAGGUUGCUCCAAAUGUGCAUUUGAUAUUGGGUUGUUGUUUUUUUAUCUUAAAAUCAAGCGGUUUGAAGAAUUUUAAAUUAAUGCCAUGCUAUUACAAAGACUCCUAAAAGUUAGAUGUCAUAAAAAUAUGAACAUAUAUAAUUUAAAUGCAAUAAAAUAUUUAUUUUUUUAAACAAAAAAUCCCUUAUAAAUUUUACUGAUAAAUUAAUUUUUUCAAGUGAAAUCUCCUAUAAAUUUUACUGAUUAUUUUACCACUUUUAAGUACGUUUAAGUUAUGACUACUUUAUUUACUGUCUUCACUAUAAGACAAGUAAUUACUUUAAUGUGUUUUAGUUGAACCAAUUUUUGUUUAGAAAUUUAUUUUACAACACACCAUUUUUGUAUCUGAUUUAUUUUUAGGCCUUAUCUCAUGUUUUUUUUAUUUAUGUAGAUCUUCAAACUCCCACCAGAGAAUGGCGUUCGAGAGGCUUACAUUCGCCACUUUAUGCAUGGUCUACAACGACGGGCCUUUUGUAUCAUCAAGUACAUAGAAGGGGAUGUGUAAGAAAUUUUGCUCUGAGUUAAAAAAACAAACUUUUAAUGUAAUAGUUAAGUAAGAUCACAUAUUCCCUAAUUUCAGUUAUUCAAGCAGCUUUCUAAACCUUUUUUUUGUCACAGAUUAUCAGGCUCUACUGGUAACAGAGUGAGCUCCAAGCGUCUCCGACAGGACCUCAACUUACUGCUGGAUGGAGACUUUCGUAUUGUGUUGGCAGCUGCAGACAAACUGAAACCUGGCAUUUACCAAUACAUGCUGGGCGAGAGGCGAUAUGAUAAUGAAUAUCUGCCUAAUAUGGCUGAUGUCUUAUAGUGAAUAGGAGUUAUAGUCAAUAUAUGGAUGAGGUCUAAUAAGGUAGAGGAGAUAUUUUAGUUAUAUCUGCCUAAUAUGGCUCGUGUCUCACAGCAUCUUUAAGGUUCAGUUAUCAAAUAACUUCAAAUUGACUGGAGCUGGACUACAAGAAUGAAAAUGUAACAAUUUGAAAUUUUAAAACAAAAUUUUUAUAUCUUACUACUUACAUUUUAGUUUUUGAAUAAUCUCUUGUAUGCUUAACAAUUAUAUUUAAUUGAUGCUUUUUUAAAAAUUUAGUGCAACUCUUUGUGCACUUUCUUGAACAAAAUAAUGCAGUUCCAUUGUUGCAAGAAAAAAGCUCAGAAGCUACAAUUAAGGUGGACCAAGAAAGUUAGAAAGGGAUGUUGUUUAUGUUCCGCUAAUACUUAGAUGAUAUGAAUUUUCUGCUAUGUGAUUGAUUAUUUUAAAUCGCAUCAAGCUAAUUAUACAAUAAUGAUACUUCUUGUUAUUACAUGUGUUUAUUUAUGCAUGUAUCAAGGAUAGCCAACAAUGUUGACAAAAAAAUAUUAAUUCAGUCAAUAUUAAUCCAUAUAGCAAGUGUGCAAAAAAAAAAAGAAAAACUGCCUUCCCCAGUGUACGCUUAAAUUUUUAUUAGACACUCCCUAUGUGUACCUACAACUAGCUUUUUGUGCCCCCCCCCACCUCCCUCCAAAAUAAAAACCCACAUUAAUUUAUUUGAAUAUCAUUAUUACGUCACAAUAAAAAAUAAUUUGUCACUGCUUUUCACCUAUGUUUUGCCAAAAUUUGUGCAACGUCACCAGCGUUAACCUAGGGCAGGGCCAUGGGAAAGAGGCAAUCCCUUUUUUAAAAUAAAAAUUUAAUCGUUAUCUCAAAGAAGUCUAUUUGUUAGAAUUUGACAUAGUGCACCUGGUUACAACCUAAAUUUAGCUAGGGCACCAAAAAUUAAAAGAACUCUAGGAACCGCUGGCUAAAUUAACUAAACUAUUACAUCAUGCAUGUGAAAUAAAUAAAAGAGCCGUCCCAUAAAUGAUGACACCCCAUCUCCAUAUGUUCACAAAUUGACAAGCCUCCCCUCUUACUUAGUCCAUACAUAGUAUAAGAAUGGUCUCUCUUGCAAAAAAAUGCUUCCCACAUUCUUCUCCUUGAAAGAAACUUAACAUGUUUAUGUAAUGUCUAUGUUCACCAUAGAAGUAGAUGCAACAAUUGAGACGGGAUUCAUACAGAACGCAAAACUAUGUUUUCAUCAUUUUAAACCUGUCCUUUUUUUUAAAAAAAUCGUUUUAAAAGCAUUUAUCUGAAAAUUACUCUUAAAGGUCAUUAAAAAACAGCAACUUAUUUUCGUCAUAAGACUUGCAAUCUCAUGCUAUUCUCAACUAAGUUAAAUUGUUUCAACACAGACCUUUUCAAUUUUCAGUAACUUCUGUUUUAAUGAAAUCCAUUGUCAAAUUAAAUCAAGAAUGUGUGAGUUAAUUUGCUGGUCAAGAUUUCAUAAUUUGUACAGAAAAAGUAAAAAAAAAAUUUUUUUGUAAUUACGUCAUGGGCAUGGUAAAGAUUGGUUGUCCAGUUUCGCAGCUGAUAAUGACAGAUCGUUUAAUUCAGCUGCAUGAUUUACCAGAGCUUCAUGAGCCCAACAAUUCAAUGAAAGCAGUUGAAUCAUUAUUAGCUUUAAAUGAGAGAGUCUGAACAUACUGAUACCUCCUUUUUGUGGUAAUAUUGUGCAUGUGUUUGUGUUGAAUUCAAAGUUAUCAAAAUGUCAAUAACUGUGAUAAACACUUGACUUGACUAAACCUUUGCCAACUGUUUUAUUUGUCAGCACCUUCAAUCAUGCAGUAACUGCUACUUUGGACACUUGUCCACUAGCUGAAGCAAAAUGUGAAUAAAAGGGUCUUGCUGUAAUCAUUGUUACAAGUUUACAUCCUUGUGUUACCAUUAGAUGUCACUUUUCUGUGAGACUGCUUUCCUUCAAGUUAGUUUGUUACCGAUCAAUGUCACUUACAUCUGUGAUAUUGCUUUCUUUUAAGUCAGUUUGUUACCAAUAGAUGUCGGUUGUCUGUGAGUGUGAGAUUGCUUUCUUUUCAGUUAGUUUCUUACCAAUGGAUAUCACUUGUAUCUGUGAUAUUGCUUUCCUUCAAGUUAGUUUUUAAAUGUGAACAAUUAAAUGACCUGAAAGAUAAAUAAUGAACUAUAAUUUAAUUGCAAA